CAGCGCAAGAAGCCGGGCGGGGACAGGCGGCCUUAUCAGCUGAUGCUUUACGUAGGGCUUGGUCCCACUUUGAUAAGGCAGAUCUAGUGGGCGCGCCAGAGUCCCCUCUCUGGAACCCCAGCCCCAGACGGAGUGGCGAGGGUACGCUGCCCGAUCAGGAGGCAGUUCCCGGGAGCAGGUACCUACAUGGCUUCCCCGGCGAGGAGCUGAGGCUGCUGUCGGUGGCGGGAGCAACAGAGAGGUUUGGCUCUGACUCAGGGCCGCGCUCCGAGCACCCACCACCCACUUGCCGCAGGGCCAUCCCCGGGAUGCUCGGCUCUGAGCUGCUGGACAGCCGUGUCCGCCGAAGUGAGGAACCUGCGACGUGUGACUCAGUUCCUUGACCCUGCUGCCCUGGCCUCUGGGGGAUCCGAACUGCUGGCCUUGCAGCCCGGCACCCUCCACCUGGCCACCCCAUCUCUCUGGACGCUCGGGCAGGAGGCUGGGGCCAUCUUCGCCACCCAGACAUCUCGCCACUGGCCAGAGGCCGUGAACAACCAGACAGCUUCUGAGCGCAGGGGGCCGAGUGGAGUCUUGAGCGCCCUUGCAACAAGAGCACCGGGCUGGUGCCCCGCCCCAGCGAUGGAUCUGCCCGUGAACUUCUCUUUUCCUCUCUCUACCCCAUCCUCUCAGGAGCCCAACCGCAGCCUGGGCGCCGAGGACCUGCGCCCCAGCCCGCCCCUGCUCUCCGUCUUCAGCGUGCUUGUUCUGACCUUGCUGGGCCUUCUGGUGGCGGCCACGUUCUCUUGGAAUCUGUUGGUGCUGGCCACCAUCCUCCGAGUGCGCACCUUCCACCGGGUUCCUCACAACCUAGUGGCCUCUACGGCCGUCUCCGACGUGCUGGUGGCCGCGCUAGUCAUGCCCCUGAGCUUGGUGCGCGAACUGUUCGGGGGCCGCUGGCAGCUGGGCCGGCAGUUGUGCCAGCUGUGGGUGGCGUGCGACGUGCUGUGCUGCACGGCCAGCAUCUGGAAUGUGACGGCCAUAGCUCUGGACCGCUACUGGUCCAUCGCAGGACACCUGGAGUACACGCCCCGCGCCCGCAAGCGUGUCUCCAACGUGAUGAUUGCGCUCACCUGGGCGCUCUCCGCGGCCAUCUCUCUGGCCCCGCUGCUGUUCGGCUGGGGGGAGACGUACUCAGAGCACCGCGAGGAGUGCCAGGUGAGCCGAGAGCCCUCCUACGCCGUGUUCUCCACCGUGGGAGCCUUCUACCUGCCGCUCUGCGUGGUGCUCUUCGUGUACUGGAAGAUCUACAAGGCUGCCAAGCUUCGCAUGGGUGCCAGAAAGACCAACAGCGUCUUCCCUGGGCCUGAAGCCGUGGAGGUGAAGGACUCCAUGCAGCAGUCUCAGAUGGUGUUCACAGUCCGCCCCGCCACUGUCACCUUUCAGACAGAAGGGGACAUGUGGCGGGAGCAGAAGGAGCAGAGGGCAGCCCUCAUGGUAGGCAUCCUCAUAGGGGUGUUCGUGCUGUGCUGGAUCCCCUUCUUUGUCACCGAGCUUGUUGGGCCUCUCUGUUCCUGGGACAUCCCUGCCAUCUGGAAGAGUAUCUUCCUCUGGCUCGGCUACUCCAACUCCUUCUUCAACCCCCUCAUCUACACAGCCUUCAACAAGAACUACAGCAGCGCCUUCAAGAGCUUCUUUUCCAGGCAGCACUGAUCAGAGUGGAGGGCAAGAAUGCCUCUGACCCGUGGCUCUGUGGAAAUUUGGUCUCCUGUUCUUCCACACGUUCCCUGCAGCCACACAGGUGGACAAAUUCUCCAAGUGCCCCAGGGCCAUCUCAGAGCUCAGCUCACCUCUCUUCAAACUCACACAUGGGGAGAUGUCCUCACCCAGGGCUCUGGUGUGUCCCACCUGUCUCCUGCCCCUCACUCUGCACCAGCACCCACAGACUUGGCCCACCGAGUGCCUGCUCCUCCCCCAAGUCUACUCCAGCAUGGCCAUGGCAUUGGCCUGGAGAAGUCCCAUUCUGCAGACAAGAGGGAGGAGGUGGAGCAUAGGGAUAGGUGGAAAACGAGUGGGAAAAAAACAGCAAGCAGCCCUAUGAGGACUUUAGGGAUAAGGAGACCGUAAUUCUAAGCUUUCUGUAGUCUUUCUCAUUUCAAAUUUCUGCUCUGUGGUCCUAGUGACUAUGCCCUAAUUCUUAUUGGUUAUUUCCAAUAUUUGACCACGAACAUAUUUAAGUGCACAGCCCCAUGGAUGAGGACAGUGACUAUUGCCAUUAUGGUUGUUUGUGACAUCUACACACAUGCACACACACACACACACACACACACACAACUAUGAAAGGGCAGCUGCUCAAAUUGGCUCGCUUACUCCAAUAAACCACCCAUCCACUUAGACCAUGUGUUAAGAGCCAAAUUAAAUACAUCCUCCCAUUUUGGAAUAACAACUCACAAACAAUUGAAAAAUCUACUAGCUUCAUAGAAUCUGCCAAACUUGCUUAUUCCCAAUGGAUUUCAUGUGUAUGGAAUUUAUUGAAAUGUUUCCAGGCAAAAACCUUUGUCCUCAGAUCAUGGUAUUAGGGUAAAAUGACUAUUAUGAAGUUGUUGACUUCUUAAAUACAGUUUCACAGCCAGUGACGAUAAAGGCACUUUUGCCAGACACAUGCACUUUGGCAGGGUCAUUGAUUGAUUUGUAGUUGCUCUGCUGUUGGCAUGUGAAUGCCUGCCAGGAGGCCAACACUAAUAAGUAAUGAGAAAAUAGACUGAAGGUCAAGUGUGGUCUUGGUCCUCUACAGACUGGCUGUGUAGUUGGUGGGGUGAGACAGUCAGGUCAUGACGCAGGUGUGUGCAAACACAUAAACUUGGUCGCAGCCCCAUCUCCAGAGGCCAAGCAAAGGAGCUGUCAGAAAAACACAACUGAAUAAUUUGCAGAAACAAGGCAGCUGCAUUUCCAGAAUUGUGUGUAUGCUGACUUCUCACCAAGAACAGGGGGCUCCCAACUCAUCCCAAGAAUCUUCAGAUCAGAGGAGUUCUGCAGAAGUCUCAGAAUACUUGGUUGCCAGCAAAAUCAGGAUUUGUUGGUUGGUGGGUUCUCUUACUACCAUAGUUAUGGGUCAGUACUUUAAAGCAUAGCAAUCUAAAGUGACAGAGCUAUUUCCUGAGUAGUCACUUGACAAGCUGUCUCAAUUAGUAAACUCACCCUUGGCCGAAGAGAGAUGAUGAAGCAUUUCCAAGCUCCUCAGAGUUCUAUAAACCCAUGUAUUUCUUCAGUUGGCUAAAAGUUCAACUUGUGUCAUCCUCAAGAGUUUUUACUUUAAGUGAGGGAGGAGUUCUCCAAAGACCUGGGGCAACUAUCCUGGGGCAACAGCCUCAAAGAUCAUGCAUCUCACAUCAGGGGCUCAGCCAACUGUCAUCUUCAUGUUCAUGCUGGACAGAGAAGAAAAGUGGGAUCCCAUCUCAUCUCUAAGGAAGAACUCAUGAAGUCACAAAUGUUUCUUAAAAUGUAAAGUUAAACUAAGAGCUUUUUUUUUUUACCUAGAUCAAAUUGAUGAAUAUACAAAGGUCCCCUCCAACCUAAUCCUAUGAAAACACUUACAAAAUGUUCUAAACCAUGUGGAUUCUGUCUUCUUUUUUUUUUUUUGGUCCCAGGGAUCAAACUCAGGACCUUGCGCUUGCGAGGCAGGUGUGGUGCCUCUGAGCUAAAUCCCUGGCCCAUUCUGGUCUUCCUACUGACCAUUGCUCACAGGUGGGAGCCCUCCAUGCAAUGAAUCUUUAGAGCAAAAAGCAAGAAGCAUGGUUAUUUCUCUUCUGUUCCUUCUUUGCAACUCUCAGUAUAAAUAAACCCAUCUACUAGCGAAUGCCUACCAGGUUCCCUGCUAAACAUUUACAUGAAUUAUUUUCUUUUAUUCUCUCAACCAUAAAAAAAAUCUGACUCUUUAACACCACUUCUCUCAUAAGGUUUGGUGACUUAACCCGUAUAAAAUCAAUCAAAACAAAACAAUAAGAAACUUUGAACAUUAUGUGAGAUUUAGAAAGCUUUUAGGCAAUAAAAUUCCGUUUUCCGCUAAUGUCCCUGAUUCUUUGAACACAGAAAUUGAACAUUAUGCAUA